AUGGCUAAAAAGGGAGUCAACACGAAGAAGGUGAAAGAGCCCGCUUCAAAAUCAAAAGAUAAUGUCUCUACUAAGGGCAUAUCGAAAAAGAGAAAAUCUGAACAGCCGUUGGAAGAGGAAGUAUCUGAUGAUGAAUUGAAUGUUGAAGGAUUAAUUGAUCCAGAAAGUGACGAUGAGGAAGGAGAAGAAGAAGAGGGAGAAGCUGUAGAAGAUUUGAAUGGAGAUGAAGGCUCAGAAGAAGAGGAAUACGACGAUGAAGAACUAGAAGAAUUAAGUCAAUCUGAUUUUGAUUCAGAAGAAGAAUUAAAUAAACUUUUAGGAGAAGAAGAUGAUCCAAGUGAUUAUAGUUCAGUUGAAUUUUCAGAUGAACCACAAGAACAAGAAGAAUUAAAUGAUGUAAAUUUAAAAAAUUUAUCAGUUAAAGAUCCAGAACAAAUUGAAAUACAUACAACUUUUUCAGAUGGAAAACCAAGAAUUAUAAAACCUGAAAUUGAUCCAAUUUAUGAUAGUGAUGAUAGUGAUGCAGAAAAUUUUAAUACUAUUGGAAAUAUUCCUAUAUCAGCAUAUGAUGAAAUGCCUCAUAUUGGUUAUGAUAUAAAUGGUAAAAGAAUAAUGAGACCAGCAAGAGGUUCAGCUUUAGAUCAAUUAUUAGAAAGUAUUGAUUUACCAACAGGUUGGACUGGUUUAUUAGAUCAAAAUACAGGUAACUCCCUUAAAUUAACUGAUGAAGAAUUAGAAUUAAUUCGUAAAAUUCAACAACAAGAAAAUACAGAUGAAAAUAUAAAUCCAUAUGAACCAUUAAUUGAUUGGUUUACAAAAAAUGAAGAAAUAAUGCCAUUAACAGCAGUAUCAGAACCAAAAAGAAGAUUUGUUCCAUCAAAACAUGAAGCUAAAAGAGUAAUGAAAAUAGUAAGAGCUAUUAGAGAAGGUAGAAUUUUAACACCAGAAAAAGCAAAAGAAUUAAAAGAAAAACAAGAAAAUGAUGAUUUAAAUUUUGAUUUAUGGGAAAAUGAAAAUGAUAUACCUGAUCAUAUAAUGAAUUUAAGAGCUCCUAAAUUAUUACCACCAACAAAUGAAGAAAGUUAUAAUCCUCCAGAAGAAUAUUUAUUUACUGAAGAAGAAAAACAAAAAUGGUUACAACAAGAUCCAAUUGAUAGAGAAACUAAUUUUAUACCUCAAAAAUUUAAAUCUUUAAGACAAGUUCCUGGAUAUCAAGAAAGUGUAAGAGAAAGAUUUGAAAGGUCUUUAGAUUUAUAUUUAGCUCCAAGAUUAAGAAAAAAUAAAUUAAAUAUUGAUCCUGAAAGUUUAAUACCGGAAUUACCAUCACCAAAAGAUUUAAGACCAUUUCCAAUACGUUGUUCAACUAUUUAUGAAGGUCACACUGGUAAAAUUAGAACUUUAUCAAUUGAUCCUCAAGGUAUAUGGUUAGCAACUGGAUCAGAUGAUGGAACUGUAAGAAUAUGGGAAGUUUUAAGUGGUAGAUGUGUGUAUAAAGCACAAAUAAUAAAUAAAGAACAUAAUAAUGAUGAUAAAAUAGAAAGUUUAGAUUGGAAUCCUGAUUCUACUACAGGUAUAUUAGCAGUUGCAGCAGGAGAGAAUAUUUAUCUUAUUGUUCCACCUAUAUUUGGUUUUGAUAUUGAAAAUACUGGUAAAUUAAGAAUAGAAAGUGGUUGGGGUUAUGAUACAUUUGGAAAUAAAAAACAAGAUAUAAGUGUUAAUAAUGAAGAUGGUGAUGGUGAAGAAGAUGAAGAUACAACUAAAAGCAGUAGUAGUGGUAAUACAAAUACAGUUAAAAAAGAUGUAGCAAAAUGGGUAAUACCAAAUCAGAAACAACAAUCAAUAGGUAUAUCAGCAAUAAUACAAUGUAAAAAAACAAUUAAAAAAAUUUCAUGGCAUAGAAAAGGUGAUUUUUUUGUAACUAUAUCACCUGAUUCCAAAAACACAUCAGUAUUAAUUCAUCAAUUAUCAAAACAUUUAUCACAAUCUCCAUUUAAAAAAACAAAAGGAAUAAUAAUGGAUGCAAAAUUUCAUCCUUUCAAACCUCAAUUAUUUGUUGCAUCACAAAGAUCAAUUAAAAUAUAUGAUUUAUCACAACAACAACUUAUUAAAAAGUUAUUACCUGGUGUAAGAUUAUUAUCAACAAUAGAUAUACAUCCAAGAGGUGAUCAUCUUUUAGCUUCAUCAUAUGAUAAAAGAGUAUUAUGGCAUGAUUUAGAUUUAAGUUCAACUCCAUACAAGACAUUAAGAUAUCAUGAUAAAGCUGUAAGAUCUAUAAAAUUUCAUAAAGGUUCAUUACCACUAUUUGCAAGUUCUUCAGAUGAUGGUAAUAUUCAUAUUUUUCAUGGUACUGUUUAUGAUGAUUUAAUGACAAAUCCUUUAUUAGUACCUUUAAAAAAAUUACAAGGUCAUAAAAUUAUAAAUCAAAUUGGUAUUAUUGAUAUAGUUUGGCAUCCUAAAGAAGCUUGGUUAUUUAGUGCUGGUGCUGAUGGUACAGCAAGACUUUGGACUACAUAG